AUGUCGCACUUCUACGUUGGCGGGGACGGCGCGAAGGCUGCAGGGGACGGCCACCGCGUGACGGUGAGCAACGUCCUGCUGUACAACCGCCCGCUGGAGGAGGGCGAUGUCAGGGCACUCGCAGCCGGCAAAGUCGCCAUCCCGCCGCCGGAUGCCGGCAGCUCGCCCACGACGCAGGCGAAAGGUGGGGGUGCUGACGGUGCAGAGCCCGCCGCCAGCGUCGCUAAGACCGCGAGCACCGCUGCCCCGAGGGCGCGGAGCUCAAAGAGCGACGGCACUGUGCAUUGGCGUGUGCCGCAGGUGCUGCUGCUGCUGCUGCUGGAGCUGUGCGGCGUUGCGGCUUUGUGCAGAGUGUGA